AUGGGUAAAUUUAAAAGCAGUAGAGAUUAUGUGCCAUAUAGGGAAAAUAAGUCGGAAAGUGCCUUAGGGGGAAAAACGAAUGAUGAUGAUCAAAUGGCUGUGUUAAAGGAACCAUUAAAUGAGCCAUUAACGGAGCCAACCCUUUCACGUAAGGGAAUAAAGAAAGCACCAUCGUCUAAGUCUUAUCUCCAAGGGAACCACAGCAGGAGCGAAAAACGAAACCAAUUUCGAAGCGGUGAAAAGGGCGCACGGCUGCGAUGUAGAAACUACCUUCGCGAUAGGGUCCAUAGGAAAGACGGAGCUGCUCUUUCAAGUAAAAACAAAAGUGUGACAAAUAGCAUAGCUUCGGCGGAUUCUUAUAAAGCAGAAGAUUCUUUUGAAAAAUUUUUUCAACUAAGUAGAGAAGCAAAACAGGAACUAUCCGAACAUGUAAAUAAAUUAUUAAGCCAUGUGAAUGAGUCGGAUCGGUUCGAGACCCCCAGGAAAGAUAGUACCGAAACGGACAAACACUGCGACCAGAUGAACAAAAAAAGGAACAACAGCAAACGGUCAAAAAAAAAAAGCAAAAAAAAAAAGACAGCCACUUAUGAUCAAGAUGACGUGUACGAAAAUUUCACAAAAUUGAAAACAUUAUACGAUGGGGCAAAUGAAGCCACUUCUUAUUUUAUGACAAACGUAUUAAAUAAGAAGAUAAACAUUGAAAAGAAUAUCGUGAAGUAUAAUGAUAUGUUGUCUAGACAUAGUGAGAGCUUCUUUAAAAGGUUUGAGCUUUUCGAACAGGAGGAGGAGUCUAUGGAUGAGGCAGAAACAGGGGUCGAUCUUGUGGAUAACAUAUGUGAGUACUUCACCUAUGUGAUGUUCUUAACGUUGAACAGGUGA